AUGGAACUGCCGGGCGCUGGGUACCGUGAGUUCAUUGGGGAGGAGACAAAGAGGAAAUGGCAAUGGCAGCGGCGCAAUGAGGAAGAAGCCAAGUUCUGGGCGGGCAUCGUGCAGGGCAUCAUAGGCAUCCUGGUCACGAUCUUGUGGGAAACCAUCACCCCUGUCAGCUUUGUCAUCGCUGUGCUGCCGCCGCUGUGGGUGGCCUGGGCGCUCAAUGGCAACAUCUUCAAGUCCCCCAUUUUCUACACGCUGCUUCUGAUGUUUCCCCUCAAAUUCCCUAUUGGCUAUUCCAUCCGAUGGAUCUAG